CCGGGACGCGGCGCCGCUGGCGACCUGAGCCGCCGCGCGCAUGAUGGCCAGCCCGCCGGCGCAGCCCACGCCGUGCAGCAGCAUGCGGUCGACCGUGUGCGGCAGGCCAAGGCGGCGCGCCACUAGAAGGUCGUAGCCCGGGUUGCCCUGGUUCGUGCAGGUCACGGCGAUGGUGUGCGUGAUGUCGCAGGGACGGCCGCCCCAUUCUUUCAGCGCCUUGCGGCAUGCCUGCGCGGCGAGGUCGACGCCUGCCCGGCGGUAGAAUUUGUCCAGAUCGGCAAGGGUUGGGGCCUCCGGGCGGCUGGCGAAACCGGUUUGGUAGUCCCCGAUGGAGGCGCGCGUGUCGAUGCCACUUGUUUUGUUGAUCUGGAGGAGCUUUUUCAAACUAUUGCCAACCACAGCAUGUCAGCACGGCUCAGAAGCGACAGAGUCAAGCGGGGAAUGGAUUCGACCUGCACCACUUACCCUGGCUUCUCCACGUCAAAGAACCUCUUCGCAAACUCAUCCAACUUCUCUGGCCCUAGGAGAUAUGGAGGAUAUUGAGAGGCAAUCCCCGUGAUCCAAAGUCCUGGCAUUGGCGGCGUGGCAUGGGUGCCGUUGGCCCCAUUCGUUUCACUCUUUUCACCCAUCUGAGGUGGCAUCACUGCAAUGCCGAGACUGUCUGUGGAGUGCGAUGGAAUUGACGAGGCGCGUUAGAGAUGUUGAUGUUGGUAGCUUGGGAGGCGUAUCGUCUUUAGGGACAGUUAUGAGUGCAAAUACCUGCAGGUCAUUAGCAGUAUUAGGAAUCCCGUCCGUCCGGAGGAGCCAGCACACCAUCACGCCCGGCAGACUGGCUGUUUCGGUGCUGAGUGGAACAGCCGAACAGGCAACAAUCUGACAAAGUCGGUGCCGUAUCGGUGAUCCGACUUAUCGGUCUGUUGGCUGCGGGUUGUGGUUUGCGGAUUCCCGACGCGUGUCUGCGGCGUGCUGCGUCAGAAUCAUGAAGCGUCCUUUCGACACCGAUGGGCUUACCGAAGUCUACGGAGGAUUGCCGGGUGCACCAAGAUGAAUAUGCCACGUGCAAGCGUGACGUCCGGCCUCGCUGGGUUCGGAAGCCGGAUUAGGGGAACAGACCAAAGGAGACAUCCCGAGACGACGGAUGCCACUAUAAGGCUAUUGAUAUUAAUGCCAUGUCUGGUAUGUAGACGGGAGACUCUAGGCUGCUGCUUACUUGACUCUUUUGUUUAGCGUUCCGUACCUUGCACAUUCGUCGGAGCUUUGUAACUCUUGCCUUACUACUACACAGCCUAGCAGUUACUUAGCACUCGUCGCCAUACCUUCGCUUCUCGGUGCUUUCCACAGGAGCCAUGGCCGACCUGAGGUUUGAAGAUCAACCCGUGUCUCAGGAAGGACGGAAUGGCCGAACCAAUGGCACUGGCAUUGUGAAUGGGGACCACCAUCCGACGUCUGAAAGGACCACAAACGGAGACUCGGUGAACGGCCAUCCCAAUGGCAACGGUCUCUCGAAUGGGAGUGGUCUCCCCAAUGGCAGCAAAACCCAAACCCAACCGCCGGUCGAGCCUAUCGCCAUCUGUGGCAUGGGCAUGCGACUCCCAGGCGGCAUCACCGAUGCUGCAGGCUUCUGGGACAUGCUCUACAACGGACGCAGCGGGCGGUGUGAGGUUCCAGAGGACCGAUACAACGCCGAGGGCUGGUACGGCCCAGGCAAGAUUGGGCACACAGCCAGCAAGUUCGGCUAUUUCCUCGACAACGUCAACCUGGCCAACAUGGACUCCUCGUUCUGGUCCAUGACCAAGAAAGAAAUCGAGGCCAUGGACCCGCAGCAGCGACUGACGCUCGAAGUCGUCUACGAGUGCCUACAGAACGCUGGUCAGAAACCCGACCAGCUCCGAGGGAAGAAGGUCGGCGUGUACCUCGGCACUUUUGAAGGCGACUGGCUGGAACUCGACGGCCGCGAUCCUCAGCACUACCACAUGUACCGCUUGACGGGGUACGGCGACUACAUGUCGGCGAAUCGUAUCCACUACGAGUUCGGCUUCAUGGGCCCAAGUGUCACCAUCAGGACAGCCUGCUCAUCGUCGCUGACGGCACUCCAUGACGCCUGCCACGCCAUUUUCUCCGGAGAGUGCGAGUCGGCCAUCGUGGCAUGCGCCAACGUCAUCUGCUCGCCGCGGACGACCAUCACCAUGCAAGAGCAGGGCGUCAUGUCUCCGAGUGCUCUCUGCAAGACAUUUGAUGCAGACGCCGACGGCUACGCCCGCGGCGAGGCCGUCUCGGCCAUCUACGUCAAGAAGCUCAGCGACGCCAUUCGAGAUGGCGAUCCGAUUCGGUCCGUGGUUCGGUCGACUGCUGUCAAUGCCGGCGGCAAAUCCUCGACGCUCACGGCUCCGAACACGGCUGCUCAUGAGGCUCUCAUCCGGCGCGGCCACCAGCUGGCGGGCAUUUCCGACUUUUCUAAGACAGCUAUGAUUGAGUGUCACGGAACCGGAACUGCUGUCGGGGACCCCAUUGAGACACUCGCGGUGGCCAACAUCUUUGGAGAUUACGGAAUAUACAUUGGAUCGGUGAAAACAAACCUGGGGCAUAGCGAGGGAGCCUCGGGUCUUUCAAGUCUGAUCAAGAUGACGUUGGCUCUGGAGAAUGAGACGAUCCCGCCCAAUCUCAACUUCACCACGCCAAAUCCCAAAAUUCCGUUCAAGGAGUGCAAGCUCACAGUCCCGACUGAGCCCCGGCCCUGGCCCAAGGACCGAGACCAUGUUGUUGGAGUCAACAGUUUCGGAAUAGGGGGCUCUAACGCUCAUGUCCUACUCUCGUCCGCUUCCUCGUUCGGAGCUGCAAAUGCGACGGCACACAAAGGCGAUGUCGAGGCCUUUGAUGCCGACCCCGGCUUGCGCCUGCUUCUCUUCUCCGCCAAACACCCCAAAGCGCUCCAGUCGAUGGUGGCACAGCAUCAAGCCUACCACCUCUCUCACCCGUCACAGCUGGGCGACAUGAGCUUCUCGCUGGCCCUAAAGCGCGACGCCCUGAGCUACCGGGCAUUCUGCGUAACAGAUGGACUGGACGACUGGACGCCAGUUGUCUCGCCCCGCCCGGCUUCUCGCGAGCCGUCAAGGCUCGUCUUCGUCUUUAGCGGGCAGGGGGCACAGUGGGCGCAGAUGGGCAUGGCGCUGAUCAAGAAUGUCCCCCAAUUCAGACAGAGCCUCCGAGACAUGGACAGGUUCUUGCAAACACUUCCCGACGGCCCGCAGUGGAACGAGAUUCAGGCUCCCAAGAGCCGCAGCCGCAUUUCCUCAGCUGAACUGUCACAGCCCUGCUGCACCGCUAUCCAGAUGGCGCUCGUGGACCUUUUGACGAGUUACAAUGUCACGCCAGGCGCUGUGGUCGGCCACUCGAGCGGUGAGAUUGCCGCUGCGUAUGCCAGCGGCGCCAUAACGGCGAACGAAGGUAUCGCAAUUGCGUACUACCGAGGCAAGGUCAUGCUCUCGGUAGAUUCGACAAAAAAGCCAGGCGGCAUGGCUGCCGUGGGCCUCGGGCGCAAGGAGGUCGAGCCGUAUCUCAGCAGCGGCGUCCUGAUCGGCUGCGAGAACAGCCCUGAGAGCACAACCCUCACUGGAGAUAAAGACGCGCUGGAAGGGGUCAUGCAGAAUAUCAAAGAGGCGAACCCGGACAUCUUGGUUCGGGCAUUGCAGGUUGACCGGGCAUAUCAUUCUCAUCACAUGCGACAAGUGGCACCGCUCUAUGAAGAGCUCCUCAGCAACAUGAUCAACGCAAACGACCCCAAAAUACCGUUUUACUCCACUGUCUCCUGUAAAACAGUAAAGAGCGGCAGGGAGCUGGGGCCAGAGUAUUGGGUCAACAACUUGGUCUCGCCCGUUCGUUUCUCCACCGCCGUCAGCGAGAUCCUGCGGGAGCCGGGGCGCAAGACGUUUGUCGAGAUCGGGCCGCACUCGGCGCUGGCCGGUCCACUGCGCCAGAUACUCAAAUCCGCCAAGUCCACCGACGAGUACAUGAACAUCCUGACACGCGGGAAUAACUCCCACUCUGACCUGCUCCAUGCAGUGGGCUACCUGUGGUCCGCCAACCAGCCCCUACAUCUCGCCCCGGUUGUCGGUGAAGGUAAAUUCCUCGUGAACUUGCCGCUGUACCCCUGGCACUACGAAGAGCCCAUGUGGUACGAGAGCCGCCUGGCACGAGAGUGGCGCCACCGGAAGUUCCCGCACCAUGAUGUGCUGGGCUCCCGGAUUCUGGAAAGCACCGAUUCCAGCCCGGCCUGGCGGAACCUGCUGCGGCUUGAGUCGGUGCCCUGGAUCAAGGAGCAUGAAGUCGCUGGCGACAUCGUCUUCCCCGGCGUGGGCUACGUCACCAUGGCGGGCGAGGCUGUGCGGCAGCUCACGGGCGCCACCGACUUUACGGUUCGGCGUGUGCACAUCAAGGCGGCCAUGAUCCUGGUCCAAGAAACCGCGACGGAAACCAUCACACAGCUCCAGCGCGUGCCGCUGACCAACUCGGCCGACUCGGUCUGGUACAACUUUACCAUCUCCAGCUACCAGAACGGCAGCUGGCUGAAGCACGCCUUCGGGCAGGUCUCGGCAGGCUCCGAGUUCCCGCACGAGGCCCCCGAUCUGGCGCCGUUGCCGCGCGUGGUUUCGCGAAAGGCCUGGUACCGCAAGCUGCGUUCGCUUGGGCUCGAGUACGGGCCCCGGUUCCUCGGACUUAGGGACAUCACUGCCAACCCCGUAGAGCCAACGCUGCUGACGCACAUGACAAACGAUAUCCGCGACGGAGAGUCGCUCUACGCCAUCCACCCCGUGACGCUGGAUCUUGUGCCACAAGCAAUAGCCCCGGCAUUGACCAACGGCCUGACCAGGCGGUUUGACCGGGUGGCCAUCCCCACGUACAUUGACGAGAUGUACAUUGGACCCCCGGCAACACCAGACAUGGCCAUGGAGGUCCGCAUCACCGAGGAGCGCAAGAAUGCGCGCAUUGCAGAUGCUGUUGCCGUGUCAGACGGCAAGGUAGUCAUCUCGGUGAAGGGCAUGCAGGUGUCCGUCAUCAGCGACGCCGAGGGCGACGGCGGACAAGACCCCCACGCGGCUGUCGAGCUCGAGUGGAAGGAAGACGUCAACUUGAUGGACACCACCACCCUCAUCCGCCCGGCAAAGGACCGGCAUGACGUCCACCAACUACUCGACAGGUUCUCGGCGCUGUGCAUGCUUGACGCCGCCGAGCGGCUGCGGGUCGUCGAACCGUCCAGGCCCCAUCUCGCGCACUUUCGACAAUGGCUGGACGGCCUUUGCGUUGACAUCUUGGGUGGCCGCUACGGAUGCUUGUCUUCUCAGCAAAGCGAUGUCGACAUGUCCCCGGCUCGCCGCAAAGAGACGGUCGACACGCUGUACGCCCAGCUCUUGGACACGGAGGCGCACGCAGCGGCGACGGCCGUCUACCGCAUCGCCAGCAACUGCGACUCCAUCUUCAGCGGUACCACGGACGAGCUGGCCCUCCUGCUCGAAGACAAUGUCCUCCACCAGCUGUACGAUUUUAUGCAGAAUUCGGAGUACUCGGCGUUCCUUGAUCUAGUGGCUCACCGGAAGCCCAACCUCAGGGUGCUGGAGAUUGGCGCGGGCACCGGUGGGACAACGGCGACCGUCCUGCCCGCUCUCAGGUCUGCUUAUGGCGAGCGCAUGUACCUGUCGUACACCUACACUGAUGUGUCCCCGGGCUUCUUCCCCGCGGCCAAGGAACGCUUCAAGGAGUAUGAGGCCCUCCAGUAUGCCGUGCUGGAUAUAUCCAAGGACCCUCUGGAACAGGGUUUCGAUCCCGAGAGCUUCGACCUUAUUAUCGCCUGCAAUGUCAUGCACGCAACACCAAACAUCCACGGGACCCUGUCCAACGUCCGCAAGCUCAUCCACCCUCGGGGGAGGCUGUUCCUGCAGGAACUUUCUCCAGAAACCAAAUGGAUCAACUUCGUCAUGGGCGUCCUGCCGGGCUGGUGGCUCGGUUGCGCCGAUUCGCGGUUCCCCGAGCCGUACAUGGACAGCGCCCGCUGGGACACAGAGCUGCGCGCGGCAGGCUUCGCCGGCGCAGAAGCAGUUGCAUACGACGGCUACCUCAACAACAACAUCAUCACCACGCCUGCCGCACCGCAGCCACCACCCCCGAAACGAGUCACCCUGCUCCAUUCGGGAGAGACCGCUACCACCACCAUAGCCGUCAUUGCCUCUCUUCGCGCCCAGCUCCAGCUCUCCGGCUACCAAAUCGACCUGCACACCCUCGACACCCCGUCCCUCCCAGAAAAUCAAGACAUUCUCGUAGCACUAGACCUCGCCGAACCCUUCUUCCACAACCUCACACCGCGCCGGCUUGCCUCCUUCCAGGAGCUGGUGCGGCAGGCGCGCGACCGCGGCUGCGGCGUGCUGUGGCUCACGGGCGCGAGCCAGGUCGGCUGCGUGGACCCGCGCUUUGCGCCCGUGGUCGGCGUGGCGCGCGUGCUGCGCACGGAGACGGGGUUGGAUUUUGCGACGCUAGAGUUGGAUUGUUUGGGCCAGGUCGAUGUUGAGUUUGGGGCCGUGCCGGCUGUGUUGGCCGAGUUUCAGCGCCGGGGGCCGGAGGAGGAGGAUGUCAGGUCUGAGGCGGAGUGGGCGUGCGUUGGGGGGAGGGUGCUGAUUGGCCGAUACCACUUUGUUGAUGUCGCAAAGGGGAUUACCACGGCGGGUGAUGGAGAGGGUGGGCCCGCGGAAAAGACGGUGCUGAAGCUGGAGCAACAUCGUCCUGGACUGGUGAAUACGCUAUUCUGGGAGCGGAGAGCCGAGACGGCGCUGGGGGAGAAUGAUGUUCGGGUUGAGGUGCAGGCUGUUGGGCUGAAUUUCAAGGAUGUCCUCGUCUCGCUGGGGAUUGUGGCCGAGCCCUACUCCAUCGGGCGCGGCAUGGGCUAUGAGUGCAGCGGCACCGUGACAGCCGUCGGAUCCAGCGUCACCGAGCAUCGUGUCGGCGAUCGCGUCAUUGCCAGCUCGAGCGGGUCGUUUACCACUUCUCUGCAAGUGUCAGAGACGCUGUGUGUCAAGAUGCCAGAUACCCUGACGUUUGAGGAGGGUGCCUCAAUGCUCGCCGUUUAUUGUACCGCUAUAUACUGUCUCCUCGACGUCGGUCGCCUAGCAAGGGGCAUGUCGGUGCUUAUUCACUCGGCCACGGGUGGUGUUGGUAUCGCGGCUAUUGAAGUUGCCAAGAUGAUUGGCGCUGAGAUUUACUGCACCGUCGGCAACGAGUCAAAGGCCGAGUACAUUGUGGACCGCUUCCACAUUCCGCGCCAUCACAUCUUUAACUCCCGAGAUGCGUCUUUCCUUCCCGCACUGCUGCAGGAGACCGGAGGGCGCGGCGUCGACGUUGUCCUCAACUCCCUGGCAGGCGAGCUACUGCACGCGUCCUGGAAGUGCGUAGCCAAGUUUGGCACCUUUGUCGAGAUUGGUCGCCGCGAUCUUGUCGGUCAAGGGCUGCUGGCCAUGGACGUGUUCGAGGCGAACCGGGCAUUUGUUGGCUUUGAUCUACUACGCUUCUCCACUGAGCGACCCCUGAUGAUCAAGAGCCUCAUGGAACGCGCCCUUGCCUUCUACACGCAAGGACAUCUACGCCCCAUUUCCCCCCUGACAACCCUGCCCGCCACCGGCAUAUCCGACGCCAUUCGGUUCAUGCAGAAGGCUCAGCACAUGGGAAAGAUCGUGGUCACUAUGCCCGAGAAUCGCAACGAACUCGUGUCUGAAGCGACCCGCAAUCCGAUAGUGUUGCGGAACGAUGGUGCGUAUCUUCUCGUCGGUGGUCUGGGUGGCCUGGGUCGCGCCAUCACAACUUGGCUUGCCGAAAAGGGGGCUAGACAUUUUGUCUUCCUGUCCCGGUCAGCCGCGUCUGUUUCUGACCAUGACCCUUUCGUCCUCGAGCUUGAAGCUCUGGGCUGCACGACCGUAAGGGUAUCAGGCGAUGUGUCCAACUAUGAGGAUGUGUUGCUGGCCAUCAAGGCAGCGGGAAGGCCGAUUGCUGGUGUGCUGCAGGCAUCCAUGGUCCUCCGGGACAACAGUCUGGUCGAUAUGUCGUGGGACGACUGGGUGACGGCGUCCCGGCCCAAGAUCCAGGGCACAUGGAAUCUGCACAACGCACUCGCCCGCGAGCAGGCCGAGCCGCUAGACCUGUUCUUCCUCUUCAGUUCCGCUGGCGCCAUGAGCGGGCAGUGGGGCCAGGCCAACUACAACGCCGGCAACACCUUCCUCGACGCCUUCGUGCAGUACCGUCACUCGCUCGGGCUGCCGGCCAGCGUGCUCAACAUUGGCGUCAUCGGGGACGUGGGCUAUGUCAGCGAAAACACGGACGUUCUCGACUCACUACGGGCCACAUCCCAGUACAUCAUGGAAGAGCCCGCGCUGCUAGACUGUGUCGAGCUCAUGCUCAAGCGGUCGUCGGCCCGAGCGACGACGCCGGCCGCCCCCGGCGGUGAUGAUGCCAUGUACCGCUAUGCACAGCCUUCGCAGAUGGGUAUCGGCAUGCGCUCCCUGCUGCCCAUCACGGCACCCGCCAACCGCACCGUCUGGCGCAAGGACCCGCGGAUGCUGGUGUAUCGCAACCUGGAGGACACGGGCGGCGCCGGGUCGGGCGGCGGAGCGUCGUCGUCGGACGAGGAGCUGACGCGGCUGCUGCGGGAGAUCAGCUAUAACAUGACGCUGCUCCGGUCGGCAGAUACGGCGGCGCUGAUCGCACGCGAGAUCAAAAAUACGCUCCUCGGCUUCAUGAUGCGGUCCGAGGACGAGCUGGACCUCGACGGCCCGCUGGCGUCGGUGGGCAUUGACUCGCUGAUCAGCAUCGAGCUCCGGAACUGGAUCCGUCGACGGCUUGGGGCCGAGGUUACCGUGCUGGAGAUUGUGCGCGCGCCGAGCUUGAGGGAGCUAGGCGUGACGGUGCAAAAGAAACUCGUGGAGAAGUACGAGGCGCGGGUUGGAUAGGAGUUGUAGAUAGAGCACCACAUGGUGGGAGUUUUGGUUGGUUUACUUUGUCAGUUUUCAUGAGCACGCUUUCUCGUUUUUUUCGGGCCAUAUCGGCCAUCGACACACUGGUGUUUGAGGCACAUUCAAAGACCUUAGAACCUCUAGAUGGGUGCUCACAAGGGGCACUCUUCGUGGAUACAAGCUGGAAAACCUUGUUUGGAGAGGGGGACUGGCAUAGAAGAGGGUUUUCACCCCCUCAAAACCGCCACCGGGACUACCCAACGGCUUGACAUAGGCACCUGUGUACAUCGUCAUGUAUAGCUAGUGUACCUCUGGUACCUAUCAUUAAAUGGAUUUUUCGAGCGAUCUCCCGCCUCGUGGGGUCGCCUUCGGCACAAUAAGAGCUCACAACAACAACG